CCCAUUCAAAGCUCUGAAUACGCCCUGCUGUUCAGUGUUCUCGUACGCCUCUUUCCAUGAUGCAAGCAUAUAGGCCACGGUUACAAAGGGCUGCUCUUACCAGCUUACGGUGUCUAUCAGCUGGGAAGGUGAGAUGGCAACACCAAUCUGUCCCAUCACCCAGAGUCGUCGAUGACGUUGGCGGCUUCAGCAAGUCGACGGAAGGCUCGGUUGCCGGCUCACCGCUCAUCACUGAGAACGAGACCAUAAGAAAGGUUUUUGAUGAUGAGCUGUUCUGGACGAACUUCUGCAAGGAGAAGAACGGGGACUCGUUGUCAACGAGCUGGCUGCCAGCUGGAAUUCUGGGCUCGUCACAGGGUAAGACUGGGCUGUUCCAGAACCCGUACCUGACGAGCGCAUCUGGUCUGAGGAAGUUCAGUAAGGACUCGCUGAAGAAAGCAGAGGCUCUGUGUGCGCGGAUGGUGUCGGAUCAAAGUGACGAGGGCCUGAGAAACUACAUCACGAACCUGGAUAAGCUGAGUGAUAUCCUGUGUCGUGUGAUUGAUCUAACUGAGUUCAUCAGAGUUGCGCAUCCAGACAAGCGGUACGUGAGUGCAGCGCAGGAAGUCCAUGAAGAAAUGUUCGAGUUCAUGAACAUGCUCAAUACGAACGUGGACCUCUACAAGAUUCUCAAGAAGGUACUCACAGAGGAGAAGAUAUACAGCCAGUUGUCCGAGGAGGAGAUACAAGUGGGAAAGAUUCUAUUAGCUGAUUUCGAAAAAUCAGGCAUCAACAUGGAUCCUGAGACGAGAUCGAACUUCAUUGAGCUUUCACAACAGAUUGCCAUCUAUGGACAACAUUUUGCCAGUGGCACUGGACAACCAGCUACGGAUUACGUGUCAAUCCCGGUAGAUGACUUGAAGACGUUGGAUAGAUCCAUCUUGAAUCAGAUAAAGAUGGAUAUCACUAGAACUCAUUAUAAGAUACCAAGUUGGGGCCAUAUCCCACAUGCUGUGCUGAGGUCAUCAGACAACGAGGCCGUUAGAAAGAAGGUCUGGAUUCAGUUACAUAGUACUUGUGACAACCAGGUGAGAACCUUGGAAACUAUGCUCAAGUACCGUGGUGUACUGGCACAUAUGCUAGGCAAGGAAAGCUUUGCUGCCUACCAGCUUGAAGAGAAAAUGGCGAAGGAACCAGAGCACGUUAUGAACUUUUUAAGCCGACUCGCAGAAGAGACGAAGCCUAAAGCCAUCAAGGAAAUACGUCCCCUUGCUGAACUGAAACAAAAAUUGUUAGGUCAACAUAAAGAGUUAAGUGAUGAAGAGGUUGCUGAGUUCUUGAAACCUUGGGAUCGUGACUACUUCGGUACAUUGUAUACUGCCAACCAACGCUCAUCAAACCAUGAAGCCAUAAGUUCGUACUUUUCCCUCGGCUCGGUCAUGCAAGGGCUGUCCAACCUGUUUAAGAAGAUCUAUGGUAUCCAGCUUGUUCCAGAGAACUCCAAGCCAGGUGAGACUUGGAGUCGAGAGGUUCGUCGUUUGAACGUUGUUAGUGAUACUGAGGGACUCAUGGGUGUUGUUUACUGUGAUCUGAUCUAUAGACAAGGAAAGACGCCUGCUCCUGCACACUUUACUGUGUGCUGCUCAAGAAAUAUCUACCCAGAUGAAUCAAAGGAGGAUCUGGAAUUGAUUCAGAAGGGGUAUUCACCUGUAACUGGCGAAACGUUCCAACUGCCAGUGAUAUCUCUCGUGUGUGGAUUUGAAAUCAAUUCAAACGUUGGCAAAUGUUUACUCACACUCUCAGAAGUGGAAACUCUAUUCCAUGAGAUGGGCCAUGCCAUGCACUCAAUGCUUGGAAGAACGGCGUUACAUAACACCAGUGGAACACGUUGUGCGACUGAUUUUGUUGAGCUUCCAAGUGUCUUGAUGGAACACUUUGCAAGAGAUCCAAGAGUCAUUCAAACAUUUGCAAGACAUUACAUGACUGAUCACCCAAUCUCUCUAAGUCUUCUCACACAGGUUCAAAAGGAGAGUAAAUUCCUGCAACAUUGUGAAUCGUAUUCUCAGAUAAAGAUGGCUCUAUUAGACCAGCUAUUACAUUCUGACGUUGUCCUUGCAGACAGCUUCGACUCAUCCUCGCUUUACCACGGCCUUGAGAGUAAGCUACGUGUCUUCUCUGAUACAGAAUCCAACUGGCACGGAAAGUUUGGUCAUCUCUUUGGCUAUGGUGCAUCGUACUACGCAUACCUCCUCGAUCGUGCGAUUGCUUCCAAAGUCUGGGAACAUCUCUUCGUGAAAGAUCCAUUCAACAGAGUCAAUGGUGAAAAGUUCAAGGAAAGCGUUCUCAAAUGGGGUGGCUCGAAAGAUCCAUGGCUCUGCGUCUCAGAUGUUCUUGAUCAACCAGCCAUUAAAGCUGGUGAUGACAAUGCCAUGGUUCUUAUCGGCGAAACCGAUAUUGAUACAUGAUAUCCUUUAUUUAUAAAUACACAUAUUCAUAUGAAUAUACAUAUACAUACCGUUACAACAGACCGAUUUUUGAAUAGAAC